UCCCUUAUCGUGGCCCUUCCUAUAAAAGGCUCGCGGGCGAGAUACGGAAAUCAGUUCACUUGCUGUAUAAUCUUGGACUGUUUAGUGAAAAUGAAGUGCUUCGUAGCCAUUUCUGUGCUUCUCUUCGCAUCCGGAGCGUACGGCUUCCUUGGAAACCUCUUCCCGGGCUGGGGACUUGACGUUGGUGGUUCCGUCGGAAUUGGUGGUACCGGGGUUGGUACCGGAUUGCAAAUUGGCAAUACUGGAGCUAGCGGCGGAACCGAUUACUCCAAGGGAACGGGAGCGGGUGCCGGUGCCACCCUCAGUCUUGGACCAUUCGGCAAAAUUAGCUUGGGCUUCGGACUAGGUAGCGGUUCCAAGCCAAGCGGUAACUAUCCGUCCCAGGGUAUUUUCAGCUGGCUUCCAAGGGCCGGAUAUGACAACUCCGCUCAAUUUCUCGCGACCGUUCGCGGAUUGUUCGAUAGGUUCCCGCUGUUCAAGGCCAUCGAAAGCACUGACAGCCCAGCGGCGAUGUACCAGAUCUACAACGCGUUGAGGAACGAUCCUGGUCUUGUCAAUCAAAUCCUCGCCUACAUUGGAACAUUGGGUGAAGAAGGCAAGCAAGGGAUUCUCUUCAUACUCAACCAAAUCAUGAGCAUGGUGCCGAACGCAGAGUUGAACAUCGACUUACUUCCGGGAGUAAGCAGCGCCCAAAGAGAACAAUACCGUCUUCUCAUCAACAGUCUAUCGCCAACCUCGAAGCAACUUGUCCGCUUCACACUGUGCAGUCUUAGCCCCCAACAACAAGUUAAGGCCCUUAACAACUUGGUACAAAUCUAUGGAGGCUCAAUAGGACAACCCGGCGUGCAAGUCAACGUUUCCCCCGGAUCCCUCCAAAAUGUUGUCAACACCGCCACCACCAACAUAGUCAUCCCGGAAUUCAACAAUGGCGGCAGCACCAACAUUAACACCGGCGGAACCGGAGGCUCCUUCACCAUCACCAACAUCUUCUACAACAAACCCCAAAUGCAGACCCAACUCGACACCUUCUGGAGCCGCCUGACCCCACCAACCGAGGCCUCCCUCCGCGCAGCGCUCACCAAAUUGGAUAACAACGGCCAGCAAGCUGUGCUCACCUACCUCAUCCAGGCCAGCGCCAGCAUCUUGGCGACGCCAAACACCAAGAUCGUCUUCGACGACACCACCAUCCAAAACGUCAUCACGAUGUACCGCUCCAACCAACUUGGAAACGCCAACGUGGAAAUCGUUGAGGUAUAAGACAGGAACCGCUUUCCGGUGUACAUAAUAUCUCGAUCACUGCUUAACUGAAUGUAACAGCUAACUCUAAAUAAAAUAAGCUGCAAUAGUACCAUU